AUGUUUGCGACGUUUUUGAGAUUGCCUGUUUCUGGAACUCAUGCCAUAGUCGGCUCAAUGGUCGGAUUCGCCCUAUUAUCUGAUGCUUAUUCAACUAUUAACUGGAUCAUUCUCGCAAAAAUUCUCCUCAUUUGGACCGUCUCGCCGCUUAUUUCGGCUGUUGUUGGAGGCGUUUUCUACUUGUUUACCCGCCAUUUUAUCCUCCUCAACGAGCACAGCUACCAGCGAUCCCUCAUCGCCCUGCCCAUUCUUUACGGCCUCACGACAGGCAUCAACGUCUUUGCCUCCCUUCAUCACUCUCCAAACGUCGGCUGGUAUACCAUGCCAACUCUUUUCCCACCCAUCGGCGCAGCUGCUUUUGGGGCAGUUACGGGGCUCUUAGUUCAAUGCGUCGUAGUUCCGCUGAUCAAAGAGAGGAUCAAAAAUGAGAAGAAAAUUGAAGACUCGAACAUUCACGCGGCGAAUCGGCUUUCUCGGCAGAGCUCUUUACGGUCAUGGACCUCAACGGUAUCAGAAAACGUCAAAUCUAUGCCUGAAAUUCUCGCUUCCGAUUUUACCAACGACGAGCUCCAUCUUCGUCGAUUUUCAAUUUCUGAAAUCAAGGAAAAUGGAAUCACAAUUCCGAUCCCAAAAGCAAAAACUCCAGAAAUCAUCGAGUCUCCCAAAACUUCUCUUCCUUCUGAAUUUGAUCGGCGCCGAGCAACAGAAUUAAUGAAAACCAAACGGCGAGUAGGUUCGGAAGCGGAUAUGUACCGAGAUGAUGAGAAUCGACCGGCGCUGACGACGGAGAAUAUAAUGAAACUACUUGGCGACCGAAAAGUGAGGAUUCCCGAGGUCAUGCAGCUGCAGAGGGAAGUAAUGAGAGAUACUCAUGUGAAGCUCAAGCAUCAAGAUUCGGACUUCGAAAUCGUCGUUCAUAACGGAGAAAUCGUCGAUAUUCACCGAAAAAUCGACGAUGAAGUGCUCGACUCCGCAGCGAUCAAGUUUGACACAAGCUCUAUUUCUUCUGUUGAUGAGCAACUCAAGACCGAAGAUGAACUAGAAAACUCAAGAACGAACAAGAUUGUCUUCUCAUUUCUUCAAAUUUUGACCGCUUGUUUUGGCGCCUUUGCUCAUGGUGGAAAUGAUGUCAGGCUUCUUUGCUGGGGACGGAGAGUGAUAAGAACAAUGGGAGAAGAUCUUACUGCUUUGACUGCUUCUCGUGGUUUUUGCAUUGAUUUGGCGUCUGCAUCUACUGUUCUUGCUGCCAGUUUUAUUGGACUCCCUGUUUCGACUACGCACUGCAAAGUUGGCGCGGUGGUGGGUGUUGGAGUUGUGAGAGAUUAUCAUGCUGUUUCGUGGAGAGUUUUUAGAAAUAUCGUUGUUGCUUGGUUUGUUACUGUUCCGAUCGCUGCACUUCUCGGUGGCUCGACUUUUUCUGUUUUAAAAAUAAUUCUAGUUGACCGAGAAAUUCUUUCUGAUUCUCACUGCCUCAAUGAAGAAUAA